GCCACAGCUCUGCGCCGCGGCCUGCGCGUGCCCGUGCCGACCCUCCCUCGCUCGCCUCUCCCGCGGCCGCUCCGGCGCACGCGUGGCCUCGCGCAGGGCGGGGAGGGGCGGUGGCCGUGGGCGUCUAGCCCCGAACCUGUCAGACCCGCGGAGUCGGCCUGCAGCUGCUAGCGCGGCAGGCGUGAGGCCCGCCCGGCUUCCCCGCGGCCCUGGGCCGAGCUAUGCGAGUCACCGGGGCUGGGAGAUGAGCGGCCGCCCUGCGGCAGCGCCCCAGGAUGGGGAGGGACGCGCGGCAGCGCCCUCGGGAGCCGGCGCCCCGGUGAAGUAGGAGCCGCGGGCUGUCCGCCUGCGCCGAGCCGCUCCGCCUCUGCCAUGGCCGGAUCCGGCGCGUGGAAGCGCCUCACAGCUCUGCUGAGGAAGGAUGAUGCGCCGCUGUUUUUAAAUGACACCAGCGCCUUUGACUUCUCGGACGAGCCUGGGAACGAGAGGCUGUCUCGGUUUAACAAACUUCGAGUCGUGGUGGCCGAUGAUGGUUCCGAAACCCCGGAAAGGCCUAUUAACGGGGCGCAGCUGGCCCUCCAGGCCGACGAUGACUCCUUACUGGACCAGGACUUACCUUUGAGCAACAGUCAGCUGAGUUUGAAGGUGGACCCCUGUGACAACUGCAGCAAAGCGAGGGAGUUACUGGAGCAGAGAAAGGUGAAAACCAGACUCACCAUUGCUGCUGUUCUUUACUUGCUUUUCAUGAUCGGAGAACUUGUAGGUGGAUACAUUGCAAAUAGCCUAGCAAUCAUGACAGAUGCUCUUCAUAUGUUAACUGACCUCAGUGCCAUCAUCCUGACCUUACUUGCUUUGUGGCUCUCUUCAAAGUCACCAACCAAAAGAUUCACCUUUGGAUUUCAUCGAUUAGAGGUUUUGUCAGCUAUGAUUAGUGUACUGUUGGUGUAUGUACUUAUGGGAUUCCUCCUCUAUGAAGCUGUCCAGAGAACUAUCUAUUUGAAAUAUGAAAUAAAUGGAGACGUAAUGCUUAUUACUGCAGCUGUUGGAGUUGCAGUUAACAUAAUAAUGGGGUUUCUGUUGAACCAGGCUGGUCAUCACACCCAUUCCCACUCCCUGCCUUCAAAUUCUCCUACCACAGGUUCUGGGUGUGAACGCAGCCAUGGGCAGGAUAGCCUGGCAGUGAGAGCUGCAUUUGUACAUGCCUUGGGGGAUUUGGUACAGAGCAUUGGGGUGCUAAUAGCCGCAUACAUUAUACGAUUCAAGCCCGAAUAUAAGAUUGCUGAUCCCAUCUGUACAUAUGUAUUUUCAUUACUUGUGGCUUUUACAACAUUUCGCAUCAUAUGGGACACAAUAGUUAUAAUCCUAGAAGGUGUACCAAGCCAUUUAAAUGUAGACUAUAUCAAAGAAGCCUUGAUGAAAAUUGAAGAUGUAUAUUCAGUGGAAGAUUUAAAUAUCUGGUCUCUGACUUCAGGAAAACCUACUGCCAUAGUACACAUACAGCUAAUUCCUGGAAGUUCAUCUAAAUGGGAGGAAGUACAGUCCAAAGCAAAGCAUUUAUUAUUGAACACAUUUGGCAUGUAUAAAUGUACUAUUCAGCUACAGAGUUACAGGCAAGACGUGGACAGAACUUGUGCAAAUUGUCAGAGUUCCAGUCCCUAAUUUUAUCUAGCUUGGGAAACUACUGCCUUAUUUAUCCUGCAUCAAAGACUUGAGAGCAAUAAAUGCACACCUACAUUAGAAAAUGGAAUCCCUGACAGCUGUGUUCAUACAAGUACCAGUCUCUCAAAACAGUCACUCUAGCCUGGCAGUGCUAAUUUCUGUUAAUGGUAAAUGAGACUUCAUUAUUUUUAGAUGAAGAUACUUCCAAAAUACUAUUUACAGAAUGAGACGUGACUCUGCAGAUACCUCACAGAAGACAAUCCAAGACCACACUAAUUAUUAGUACAUGUCCUAAAGGAAGCAUCAAGAAUUCAGUAUUUGCAUUUAAAAAUCCUUUUUAAAGACCAUUUUAUAUCAAGCCAGUGCCGAAAAACUGAAUUUUUAAAUUAUGUAAUCUUGACACCCAGCUUCUGGAAUUUGACACCCAGCUCUCUCUCUUUUUACAGAAAAUAUUUCUUAACAGAUUUCAGAAAGUACUAGUAAUUAUCCAGAGAGUGGAAUGAGCAUGUAUUCCUAAGUGUUUCAGAAAUCUUUUAUUUCACAAAUAAGUCUUCAAGUUAUUGUUAUAGUUAUACCUUAUAAGCAACUUUUUCCAGAUGUUACAGGGUUUUGAAUCUCAAAGUUCAUGUUUUUGGUUACUUAUAAUCUUAUCAACACCAAAUCUUUACAUGUUGAGACCACUGUCAUUAAAUUAUUUAGGAACUAUUUUCAAUAUUAUUCUGAAUGGAAAAUAAUCUUAAAUUCAAGUUAUAUUGAUAAUUUAAAACAAAAUAAGAGCAAGGAUGGGGUAUAGUUUUGAUAUAAGUCUUCUUGGAAUCACUUAUAUUGUUCAUGGAAUUCUCUUAAGAACAGCAAGAGACAGCAAAAUGUAAAUAAUGAUACUCUGUCCUUUUAAGAACUACCUUACAUCUUGUACAGAAAGUUUGCAUGCUACUUGCUUCCCUCCUCCAAAAUGCCCUUUCAGGAUAAAACUCUGGAGAGCAAAGUCAGUUUGUAAUACUCAAUUUCCACAUGUAGAUUAACCACAUUCUUCCAGAGAGUAUUUCUGUUUGAUGAUAUGGGUUAGGGAUUCUCUGUGGAUUCCAAAAGCCCUAAGAUAAAAUUUUGAGCUUUUCCAAUAAUACCAUAGCAGAAAUGCCCAGAGAGAUGGGGGAAGAUAUUACUCAGAUAAAACAAAAAUUUCAAGGGUUUUUGACCGUGUGUGUGUAUGUUGUCAAGCACAGGAAUAGGGAUAGACAUUAAAUCUGUGUAGGAAGACUAAGCAAAAACAUUUCAAACCAAAUGCAGUCUAAGUGGUAACAGUUGUAUUAAAGAGGCACCUAUGAAUAUUAAUUUCAUUUUGCAACUGUUGGUUUUGAGAUUUUUAUACAUAUUAGAAAUCCAUUUUCAACACGGACAAUUUCUUAACCAAGAGUGAAUAUGUUUCUUGGGCUCCUCAGAGAAUCAGAGUAGAGUAACAAUGUACCAGACAAGUUGUGAAUUGAAAUCCCAGAUAGGCAUGCAGAUGACUUAUAAUAAAAAUGAAUGAUAUCCAAAAAAUGAAGGAAAAACAUUUCAUCUUUCUUUCAAGUAAACCUAAAAUAAAACCUGGACUUACCUAAAAGAUUGUUAAGAGUUGAUGGUAUCCAAUAAAAGGGUUCAUGAGAGUUAAUGGUACCUUACAAAACCCAGGUUUGUUUGAUUGAAUUGAAAAUUUAUGGGAUUCUUAUUGUAAAUCCAUUUAAAAUAAUGAUUUGAAUUUUUCAAAUUUUUGAGUAUAUAUACUGUUUAAAUCAAAAUAUUCUUAGAUAUAGAAGGCAAGUAAGGAUAAAUGAGAAGCAUUUCAGUGGACAGCUGGACAUUUAUGGACUUUGGAUACCUAGCAAGAGAAAGGAAAAGAAUGUGCAUUAUAUGCUAAUGGACUUUCCCAUAUUUGUCAUUAUUUCCCAUAUCUACCGAGCUUGUUUCUUGCAAAUUUUCCUUUUUCUUAAAUAAGUAUGUCUGAUUUUUUUGUAUCAACGUGUUCCUUGAAAGGUUAUUUGAUAAGAGUCUAAAAUCCACUUGAGGACUGAAAAGGAUGCUUUUGUAAAAUGCAGAAACACUGAAAACUUUUGUUAAUCUUAAUGAUCGUGUUCUGCUGAAAGUGAGGUACAUAUGAAGUUUCCUGUGUUUUGUUUUUUUGAGGCAAGGACUACAGAUUUUGUACUGGUACUUUACUGAUUCUGUGAGAUGGAGAAUUGAAAGCUAGUUGCAACUUUUUGUAACUUAAACCCACAGAGAAGUAUGUGAACUUAGCAGAUAGGAUCCGGGACUGCAUAGCUUCUGACACAGCAUUGGGUCUGUCCUUCACCUGCUGAGCUGCAACCAAAAGGCACAGUCAGCCAGCUCUCAGCGAGCUCCCCAUUGUCCCAUGAAGAAUGGUGGCUAUUUGCAUAAACACCUAGCGUUCUAAAUUUUGCACUGGGACAACAGAUCAUAACAUAAAAACUGGGCAGUUCUUCAGUGUGAUGUAUUUUAAUUAACAUUUGCAAAUAAUCAGAGUUAUUUUUGUACAUAAACCUGUGUGUUCAGAACUCUGGCCAGAUGCAGUGUUUUGAUUUACUUUAGGAAAAGGCCUAUUGUUUUAUUAAUGACCAUGCUGCCUUAGAAAUAUAAUGUGGUGAAUGUAGUUGAAUAAGGCAUAUUUCAGAGGGCUUUGAAAUGCAGAACCAGAAGCGACUGGAAUUCCUUCAUACAUUUUCCAUUAGCUAUGCCUUGUGUAUUGUUGGGCCCAGAUUUUCACAACUUGUAGCUCCCAUCUGUAUUGUUUGCCAAUUCAAUGGAUUUAUUUUACUGUUUUCUUUUCAACUUUGGGUGCUUUAUUUCCAUUUUCUGAAGCUGAGUUUCCUACUCUUAGGAAUCUCAGUGUUCUGGUUCUGUCUCUUGAAUCCAGGGGUCCACACUGACUAUGUUUAUCUUUAAUAGAAUUUUCCCAGAAUAGUCACAGGCAAGAUCAGACACAUGAGCUUCCCUUACAUUUGAUAAUGAGGAAACACCAACUUUCAGAGACAAAGCACCACUUAUAAAUGUGUCUCUAGGUGGGGAAGAACCUUUUUUUUUUUUAACAUCUGAUUCAGAUUUCUCUCCCCCCUGAACUUGAUAGAGUAAAUGUGAUAGAAAUGGACCACAAGUGAACCCUAAGUGAAGAUUAUCACUAAUAAGACUGGGUUGUGUUUCCCAAACAACCACUCUCACUACUUGGGAAGAGAUCAUCAUUCACUUCUGAAACAAGCACAAUUAAUUAAGAUUAUCUUUUUAUGCAUUUAUAUUAAUUGGUUCACUGUAACAAAUGAGAUGCUCUUACAGAUUUAAGCCCCUUUAGAAUAAGGUUUUAGGCAGUUUUGCUGUUGACUGUACCUUAUAUAGAGAAAAUUAAAGUUAGAGAAUGUGUUCCUAGAUUUAAGAUCAGUUCAUUUGGUUCAGUUUGUCUUUGAAUCAAGCUUAGCUCAUAAGCCAGUUGGGUAUUAGUCACAAAUGCAUAGUAACACCUCAAUAUAUGCUAUGUUGAGGGGAGGCAAGUCUGAUCUCCAAAAUUGAUUAAACUUAGUAUCUCUCUAACCAAAUACCAUUGGCAGACCCCACUUACAGAUCUGUCAUAUGAAUCCUGCCAGACAGGGCUUCAGAUUUGUUUUAUAGAUUGCCAGUCAGGGUAUUUUGUGAUGUUGGUCAGAGCAGGCAAAUUAGAGAGAAAAAAAGCCAUUGUGAGAGUUCCUCAGUAUUGAAUUUUGUGUUUGCAUUCAGGCCAGCCUGUCAUUGAAUGCUCACUUACAAAGGGUUUAACUCAUUCUUCCAAUCUUUCGUGAGGACCAGUAUUUUCUGAUUUUUGGUAAGAUUAGAAAAACCUUAUGGAGACUUCCCCAGUUAAAUCUAUGACAGUGUCAAUUUAAGUUUUGCAAUUAGGUAUAUUCUGAAAUAACUGCAACACAAAAUUGAAAUGUGCCAGUGUGUCAGGUUUGUACCUGGAAGAUACUGUAUAUUUGUAAAGCUUAUGCUUCUCUAAAUAUGUGUUACUAAGUAAGCCAUAUCACAAUUUAAGAAACUGUAUAUACCUUUCCAUAUGUCCUUUCAGAAACCAGGUAUUUUGCAUAUGAUUGAUUUUAGGAAGAUCUUUGAAGCUGGGGUUUGUCCAUGUCAUAUAAGAUCAAAGAAUAGUAUACGUACAUGUACUGUAUUUGCUAUUUUCAAAUUGUAAUUUCCUAUACAUUUAUUAAAUAAAGUAUUGUUUUGCCAUGUGGUUUAUUAAAAAAUGAAAAGGUACAUUGAA